AUGUAUAACAGGAUGGCUCAACGGAGGGUAAACAAUUCAUGCAGAAACCUGACCAAAAGUCAACUAGGUGGUGUAGUAUUUGGGUGCACCAAGAAUACCAUCAAAGAGUGUAUGUCGAAACAGUUGUUUGGUCUACCCUACAACCACAUUACAUACGUGCAGAAGAUUGAUGUAGGUUUGCCGUUGUUUCUGUUCAACUAUUCUGAUCGUAAACUUCAUGGAAUCUUUGAGGCUGCUGGUCCUGGUCAGAUGAAUGUUGACCCGUACGCCUGGACCUCUAAUGGUUCUGAAAAAACCUCAUUUCCUGCACAGGUUCAAAUCAGUGUUCGCUUACAGUGCGAACCCCUUUCUGAAGACAAAUUUAAACCUGCCAUUGAAGAUAAUUACUACACUUCUAAACAUUUUAGGUUCGAGCUUGAUCAUUUCCAGACUAAUAAGUUGAUGUGUCUGCUAACAGCAUUUGCUGUGAAACCUAAACCACCGUUGAGUACAUCACACAGUAGACAGGUUUUUCACUUCAUUCCACCAACUGAAACGAAAGAGAACACUAAUGAGGUUAAGCCUUCUAUGGAUGAACCGGUGGACUGCUUGGAGGUGUCACUCGGUGAAUCUGACUCCUCAGCUGCUGCUUCUCAUCCUGGUUUCUCUGAUAAUCAUCCAGACGUACACAACUCCGAACAAGAGGAUAAGGAUUAUGUUCUUGAGAAACUGAAUGAUCUCGCCCUUAGCCAUGCGCAUCAAGACGAUUGUCUCAUGGAAACUGUUGACCACGUCAACAUUCCAACCUGCAAGAACUUGGAAGACGGAAACACGCUUGAAGAGGAAACAUGUUCAGAGGGGAAAGGAGAUGGCAGUUCUCUCGUAUCAUCUCCUCGUCAACAUGAAAUAAGCCAGUUGAUGCAUGAGGUGAAGGAACUCAAGGCAUAUGGGAUGAAAAAUUCGACCAAGAUAUGUUACUUGGAAGAGAAACUGGAUGAAGCACACAAGGAAAUUUAUAGAUUGAGAGAGCGUUGCAACAUGCUGGAGUCCAUAUCAGGCCCUUUAAUUGCCAAAGCUGAUCGUAGUGAAAUGGAGAUCUAUUCACCAGAUGAUUCAAGCCUAGAUCCAACGGAGGCAAUUCUUCUUUUGGGCGGAAUUGAUGGCAGCUCUGAAUCAUGUUUGUCAUCAGUGCAAUCAUAUUUUCCAUCCAGGAAUGUUGUCAAGGCUCAUAGUUCCAUGAGCGGUAUCCGUUCAAAUGCUUCAGUGGCAAAAUCGGAUGGGAAAAUUUACAUUUUUGGAGGUGAUGAUGGCCGUGGCUGGUUCGACACAGCUGAAUCAUAUAACGAGAGUGAUGGGCGGUGGAGCGUGUGCCCUCCCUUGACUGAGCGAAAAGUAAGUUUAGGUGGAGCCUCUUUGGAUGGAAAAAUAUUUGCAAUAGGAGGCGGGAAUGGGAUCGUAUCUUUUUCAGACGUUGAGAUGCUUGAUCCAGAUAUCGGGAAAUGGAUCAAAACAAGGUCAAUGGAGCAGAAGAGAUUUGCAGUUGCAGCCUCGGAGCAUAACGGUUCGAUCUAUGCCGUGGGUGGUUUUGAUGAGAAGGAGUACCUCAACACAGCAGAAAGGUUUGAUCCAAGAGAGCACUCGUGGAUGAGAAUUGCAUCGAUGAAGUCGAGAAGAGGCUGCCAUUCUCUUGUUGUUUUGAACGAGAAACUAUAUGCGAUUGGUGGGUAUGAUGGAUCGGCAAUGGUAUCGAGUGUAGAGGUAUAUGAUCCACGGACAGGGACAUGGACAGCUGGAGAAGCAAUGAAGGAACUGAGAGGAUAUUCAGCAGCCGCAGUGGUUAAAGACUCAAUCUAUGUCAUCGGAGGAUACAAAGGGGAAGGAGAAGACAUCUUAGACACCGUUGAGUGUUUCAAGGAAGGUCAAGGGUGGAAAAACGUGGCUGCUUCAUCCAUCGGUAGGCGUUGCUUCCUAUCCGCAGUAGUGCCAGUUUGA